GAAAUUUCAGUUUCAACCUCAACAUAUACAGCAUCACAAUGCUCCUCCUGAAGUUCACUCUACUCACCUUACUUAUUGAAGCACCUGAUUUGCUUGUUUCUGGAGAGAAUAUAAUUACCUGCUAUGGUGAUAUCCAACACCUGACUUGUGCCACUGGACUGAUAAAGGUGAAGUCUUCUGUAUAUGGCCGUACAGACCGCCACACUUGUAGUGCUAGUCGUCCAGCUUCUCAGGUUGCAAAUACCAACUGUGCCUUGAGGAUUUCCACAAUCGCAGAUAGAUGCAAUGGACUAAAAGACUGUGACUUAAAGACGGAUUUACUUGGCAACCCUGACCCAUGUUUUGGAACCUACAAGUACUACAACACCACUUAUGAAUGUAUCUAUGGCUGGUAUUCUGUGAUCUGUGAGUAUGGCUACAGCACAUUGGACUGUGGAGAUGAUUCUAUUCAAAUCAUAAAUGCGAACUACGGACGUGCUGAAUCUAGAACCUGUUCAAAUGGACUCCCCAGUGUUUUGACCCAGAACACCAACUGCUACGCUCUGAACACAUUCUCAACUGUGUCCGCACUGUGUAAUGGACAGAGGAAAUGCACUGUAAGCGCUGAUUACACCAUCUUUACAGAUCCUUGCUUUGGGACUCUUAAAUACCUCACUGUGUCCUACAAGUGCAUUUCAGCUAAUAGGCCGGACAUCUAGACAUUUGGAGGCACUGGGUAAAAUUUAUGUUGGAGGCCCCCCCUCCUCCCGCCACCUUUCAAAAUAAAUAAAAA